CACCCUCUUGGGUCCGUUUGUCAGAGGUCCAACUGGAGCAAGGAGCCGAGUCCACCAGUCCAGAUCGUGUGACAUGUUGGUACAGGGAUCGGGUGACAACGGAACGAGGAAGAAUGAGCAGGAGGCUCAGCAGUUGAGGCAAACGACCAAUCCAGGAAUGGGAGCUACAGGUUGCUGCUGAGUUUGGAAGAUCUUCUCAGAGAGGGGAGUUUUCUUCUGCAAGAUCACAAACCAGGUGCUGUGGGAUAAGAUUCACCACCAUGCUCUCUUUUGCCCUGUUUGGGGGACUUUUUGCCCUCAUUGGUGUUAUCAGUGGGGAUUCAUCGAACAGUGCUUCGGAGGCAAGACAUAUGAAGAGAAUACUGUUAAAACCAGACAGCACUUCCAGGGGCUCACAUACUUUCACUCAUUCAAUGAACUCUCGCCUGCAUCCCCCCCUGUACCACGGCUGCUAUGGUGACAUCACGACCAUGGAGGCCUCUGGCGCCUCCUGUGAUAUUGGCAAGUUGAUUAAUUGCGGCAUCCCUGGUUCUGAAAUGUUUGCCGACAUGGAUUUGAGGGCCUUAAAGCCUUACCAGACUCUGAUCAAAGAAGUCGGUCUGAGGCACUGCGUGGACCCUGCCCUCAUUGCAGCCAUCAUCUCCAGAUUAAGCCACGGCGGAACUGUCCUGCUAGACGGCUGGGACCACACAGGAAAUAAGUUUGGCUUGAUGCAGCUUGAUAAAAAUAUUCAUCAACCUGCUGCCACCUGGGAUAGCAAAGAACACCUUCUGCAGGCUGUUGGGAUUCUAACGGACAGAAUUAAGGCAAUCCAGAAAAAGUUCCCCUCGUGGAGUGAGGCUCAGCACCUCAAAGGUGGUCUCUCAGCCUUCAAGUCAGGAGCUGAAGCUGUUGCCACCCUCAAGGACAUAGACACUGACUUCGUCAAUGAUACUAUGGCCCGCGCUAAAUUCUUUAAGAGACACGGCUUCUAGGCAAAGCUCGUGGGUGUGCCAGGUGGGCGGGGGGUCAGAUGGCCUCUUUUUGAGGGUUUGAUAUGGAUGUGUUGUACUCAACACUGGCAAAGGAAUAGUUGCAAUUGUGACAGAAAUCUCAUUUCCCACUUUUCUUAAUGCAAAGAAGCAUAAAAAAGGAAAAUCUACCCAGUUCGCACUAGGGUUCCCAUAAAAUACAUCUAGACAUAUGCUUGUGUAGUAAAUGUGACUGUCAUGGUCAGUGACGUAUUCUUAAGAGUAAGUCUACAUAUUCCAGCAAGGCUGCAUUUUAGCCCAUGAUUUCAAUGCCCACCUCCACUGUCUGACCAGAAUUGCAAAUAAGAGGGCCCGACCUGGGCCUCUGUUCUUUUCCCAGUAUCUGCCUGAGCCACUAGGGCUUCGCUCGUGAGGAAUCUCUGACACACAAGCCAGGCAACCUGCGGGACAGUGGAGAACCCAGAGUGGGGCUUGAGCUCUGUGGGUAACUGAGCCCUCAUCUUCCUUAAAGAAUGAGUACUGUGUCCCUCAGGCCCACACCAACCUCCUGUGUUUUCUUUCUCUUGUUUGCCGAAGAUCUGGGGACUGGCUUCUUUCCCUCCGUUUUCAGUAGCUGCAGCCACACACUCCUUCAAGGGGUCCAUGCUCCACAAAACAUGGCUGAAGAUAAGCAUGUAGGACCCAAAUUUGUUAUGGUUCUUUUGGUGCAGGUAAAAUUAACCAAUUCAGGAAUUUUAAGCAAUAAAAGGAAAUUACUGGAAGGCCAUCAAAAGGCUCACAAAGCCAACAAGAAGGUCAAGGGCAAGCAGAGAAACCAGGCAACUCUGGGGUCUGGAAGCAGGAACCAGCUGACCAUUCUUUAUAGCAUCCUACCUCAUGGGUAAACCAGCAGUCUCACUGCACAGACGAACCCCAGCGACUUUUUCUCCCAUCCUCUCAUCAGUCUGCGUCAUUUUCACAGUGCCAGGAGACUCCAGUGGAGUUAUCUUGGGUCAUAUACACACCUACACGCUGGCUACUAUUUUUGGUCUUGCCCAGGCUAUCCACAGUGGAGAAGAGACAACUCUCUAGAAGGAAACCUGGAGCAGUUUGUGGCUUUUACUUCCAUACUCAGGAGAAAACACAAAUAAUACACUGUAGUGUAGUGCUCUCAUAGUCCCUGCCGAUGUGGCCCCUGCUGGGCCUUUAGCUCCCUUCAGAGAUGUUUGAUAAACAUUUCUACCCAUCGUUUCUUUUUCUAAGAAUCAAAAUCACAUGCGCCUACCUCUGAGCCCCUCUGGAGAAAGCCAAGUAAACCCUUCUCUGCUCAAUGACCACUCAGUCUAGCCUGAAGUUGUGACCCAAGCAGAGCUGGGACCCCUGUGUUUCACCAGCAGAGCCAGUGGGCAGCUGGUGUGGCAGCCCUGUAGCAUACACGCCAGCAUCUUUCAUGAUUGGUUGAGGACCAUGCUGUACCAGUUGUUAAAUAUGUUGUUUAUCAUCUCUGCACGUGGGCAAUCCGGAAUGUUCUUUAGAUGUUCACUUUGCUCAAGAAUGAUUUCUUCUCGGGGGGAACCACAAGCAUGUACUCCGUCUCAUCACCAACCCCUUCAAAGCCACUACUAAAGCAAUAAAGUACACCCAGGUGAGAUCAUUUCCAAGUAAUUUGAAAAACAAGAAA